CUGAACAGGGCGAGGCUCAGGACUUAAACUCUCUUUUUUCCAGCAGUCUUCUUUCUGUUUGCAGCUCUCAGGUGAACUCAGACGUUUAUUCCUGUCUUUGAGUUGCAAGUCGCAGAGAGGCAGAAUGAAUUUAAAUCUUAGCGACGCUUUAGACGAAAAGCCCGCCUGGCCAAAUCAACCUUCUGGCAACUCCAUGUGGUCGGGAGAGAAUCCAUCCGGUCCCAGAGGGAGUGGAAGUAACCCCGCCCCCGUCUGGCAGGGAGGGAGUGGAAGUAACCCCGCCCCCGUCUGGCCAGAAGGGAGUGGAAGUAACCCCGCCCCCGUCUGGCAGGGAGGGAGUGGAAGUAACCCCGCCCCCGUCUGGCCGGAAGGGAGUGGAAGUAACCCCGCCCCCGUCUGGCAGGGAGGAAGUAACCCCGGCCCAGUCUGGCCGGGAGGGUCAGCCGCUCCUCAACCUUCUGCUCCUGGAGGUUGGCCCCAUCCUUCUCCAGGACCUGGACCUGGACAGAAUCUGACAGUUCCCUAUAAUCAGAUGCUGCCAAAUGGAGUUUUCGACAAACUGCUCAUCACCGUCGCUGGAACAGUCAAGCCCAACGCUGACAAGUUCACACUGGACUUUAAUACAUCAGUCGGUGACCUAGCCUUCCACUUCAACCCGCGCUUCAACGAUCAAGGCAAGAAGGCGAUUGUUAGGAAUUCUUGCAUCGGUAAGAAGUGGGGCAAAGAGGAGAGAGAGAUGCCAAACUUUCCCUUCGUUCAGGGUCAACCUUUUGAGAUAAAGAUCUUGUGCACCAACACAGCAUUCAAGGUGGCCGUCAACAACAGUCACCUGCUGGAGUACAGACACCGGAUCAUGGACCUGAGAAACAUCAACAGACUCAACAUCUACAACGACAUCACUCUGUCCAACUUCAAGAUGGAGACCCUUCCCUGAGAUCCCUGAUCCAGCAGAGAUCUACUGGGGAUCCACUAGAGAUCUACUGUUGAUCUAUCAGAGAUCUACUGAGGAUUUGCCAGAAAUCUAAGGGGAAUCCAAGAGUGAUCUACUGGGGACCUACCAGAGAUCGCCUGGGGAUUUAGUCUCAUCCAUAUCUGAGGUAGAUUCUCUUUGGAUCCACAUGAGAUUCUCUCCCAACAGGAUCAUUGUCAUGUUUAAAAUUCAGAGAAUCCACAGUAGAUUCUCAAUAGAUCUACAGGAACUACAAAAUAAGAUAACUUGUAUUACACAAUUGCCUGUGAUCAACAGUAGAUCUACAGUAGAUCCUCUCGUAGUAGUUUUCCUCUGCAUGUUUGUACUCUGGUAAAAAUAAAAAUAAAGGUUUAAUCUGUUGAA